CAAAAGUUAGUGGUAAACAAAAGGAAAAAUAUUUCUCGUGCAAUUUAUUUUAUAAAAUAGUGCGUUAUAUUUAUUCUGAAGAGAAUUAUUUUAGAAAACUCAGAAAAAUUAUAGUCCUUACUAUGGGAUUUCCGCGAAUUAUAAGUAAAAACCAUAAAAUUUAUACAAAAUUGGGUGAGUUUUGCUUAUCGGGUGAUGGUAAUCAAUUCUGGAUUGUAUGCCACACUUGCCAGGAAGAGUUACAGACGCAAGAUAAAUUUUGGAAGCAUAUACAGGAUGAACAUAAUUUCAUGCACGGUAUUAAACAGGAGCCCACACGUGCUUCGGGUUCUACAUAUAUGGAGACGGGUGAGCCGGCAGGGGUAAUGCCUUUGCCUUUGUAUCGCAAAGUUAGUGUAAAUGAGCAACAACGGGAAGAGGCGACUAGUGGAGCCAGCGAAGAGGAUGACAUUCAAAAGGAAGCCAAGGACUACACGGAAAUGCGUACACAUGAUAUGGAAAACAAUCAAACGGUGGCAAUUGAUAUUAAAUUGGAGCCAAGUUUGUCACAGUCCAUGUCUACGCCGGAACAAGCUCAACAACAACAGCAGCAGCAAUCACAGACCCAACAGCAGCAACAACAUACACCACAUCAAUUAGAAAUGUCGGCAACCCCUUUAAUGUAUCAAUUGCCACAAGUACACCCGCCGGUAAGCGCUUAUGCUGCUUUGGUACAAGUGCCCGCUAUUAACACUUUAAAUAUGACGGUGGCAGCGGCUGCUGCCGCCGCUCAAGUACCCACCUCUAUGGCGGCUUUAAUGCCUCAAGAUUUACCCAAGGAUAAUGCCACUAAUAUAAACAACAACAAUACCACAAACAGUACCACAGCUAGUGCUAGCAGCGCAGUUUCAUCUGAUGACGGCGAACGUUGGUACAUAUGCGAUUAUGAGAAUUGCGGUCUUAAGUUUAAAUACCAGUCACGUCUGGAACUACACCGCAGUGUGCACAGCAAGGAGCGACGGUUCGCCUGCGAGAUAUGCGGUGCCAGUUUUAAGCAGUCAUGCAAUUUGUCGACACAUCGCAAGAAAAAGCAUGCCCUCAAAGGAGUCAAGUCGACAUUAAUACCACCUCAACGUUUCUAAACUCAGUUACUUUUUUCUUCCAAAUUAUUUCUUCUUGAACUUGAUUAUAUAUUUUAGCUCAUAUGUUGAU